AUGUCGAGUCCUUUGCCUCUUCUCCGUCUUCCAGAGAAAGCAUUAAACCUUGUGAUUCAAUGUAUGGAGUAUAUUGAAAUCGUCGGAUUCUCACUCGUGUCGAACAAAACUAAAGAAACCGUCAAGGCACUCAACUUACAAAUUACAACAUUGUAUUUGACAACCGAAGAGUUCAUCAAAGUUCAUGUCGAAAGUCCGUCCCGCAUGUUUUGGAAUUUUUAUCCGGGAGAGGAGAACGCUGAACCCGAACCGAUUCCAGUUUACAUGCCGGCUCGUGUGACAGCGAUGCGUGGCAACACUCGGGGAAUCUUGGAAUAUCUGAACCCAGGAUACAGCAUUCAAAAAUGGAUAGACACUGUUCAAUAUAUCUUUACUCAUCCGGUAAUCGACUUCCUUAUCUUUAAGAGGGAAACAUGCAAAUUUGAUAUGAGUUCUCUGAUGAAAACAAUUGGAACAGCUACAGUGAAAACGUUCUUGUUUUAUGAUCGAUGUGGUGUAGAGAGCGCAAAGAUGGCGGUGAGGCAAUUUCCAAACACAAAAAUUAUGUUGGCAGUAUGUCGAGAUUUGGAGGAGCCCAGCCGUUACAAGGAUAUUUUGGUGCAAAAUUGGGAUGGAUUGAUUCUCGGACAUAAUGAUGUGAUUAUGCACAUGGAAUUCGACGAUCUUCUAUUGAUGAAUAGUAAAGAAAUAUCAAUUCGUUCGCGGGACAUAAAAGAUAAAAUGAUCAAUCAAUUUUUGAAGCAUUGGAUUAGAGGAUCGAAUCCCAGAAUGGAAGUAAUACAGUUGGAUAUUAUUGAUGGACGAUUUCUCGAUAUAAAUGCGAUUUUGAAAGGAUUGAAUUUCCAUGAAUCACCAUUGGAUCAAGUCAGACUUUUCACAAAACCGGCUACUGAAGAGACAAUAGAGAUCGUGGGUGGUUAUGAUAUCCGUCGUGUGAACAGAAGUGUUGGGACAUUCAAAAUUGAACAACGUGAGGAAGGAGGAGCUUUUACAUUUUGUGUAUGGAAUUGA